AUGUCUCAAUCUUCCGGUUCCGCUCAGAUCAAAAACAAAAUUGCUGAUACUGUGAAAACAAGAUCAAAAUCUAAGAAGGAAGGAACAACUGUUGUGGUCGAUGCGACGCCCAUAUCAAGUAUCCCUGCAACUAGUUCUAAGAAGAAGAAAUCUGCAAAAUCCACUAAGAAAGUAAGUGAAUCGUCUCCUUCAAUUUCUAUUAAGUCUGAUACUGUUAAGUCUAAGAAGAAGAAACCCCAAUCUCCGGUAAAAAGGGGUUUGAGCAUGAGUAAGAAUUCUUCUGAAAUUGCGAAUGUGGAAUUGCAUGAUGUUGCGUCCGGCAAAAAUGCGAAUGUUGAAUCGUCUAAUAAAGCUAAUGAAGAAAGUGUUAAGUCUGUUUCUGAAAAGGUGAAUCAAGAAACCCUUUCUGCAAAGGAAAACCCUUGUUCUGCUGAAACCCUAGGAAAAACCCAAAAUGUUGCUGAGAAUUUUUUUGUGAGCAAUAAUCCUAGUGUUCCUGAGAAUAUGACAGUUCCCACGAAUGUCAUAACUGAUGUUGUUGAAAAACCUCAAGAAAAGGUUGUUGUAACCGAUGCGCCAACCGAUGUUGAGCCACCCUCUAUACCAACUGAUGCUGAGAAGGAUGUUGAAGCAUCCAAAGGAGGUUCUAGCCCACAUACUAACACUGCCACUGGGUCGUUUGGCAGUGGAUCUAAUACUGAAGCUUCCACUGAAGAGGAAGUAAACAAAGAAAGUACUCCUGAACAUGUGGCUGAUUCUGAGCCAGAGAAUGAAGCUGGUGAGGAUUCUGAGAAAACCACCAAUGAAGAACAGAACAUAGUGGAUGUUGAUGAAGUUCCCUCUGAAGAAGAUCUGCAACCUCCACCUACUCAGAAAGGAAUUGGAAGAAGACUGAGAAGCAGGACCACUACACCUGCACCUGCUGUUACCACUACCCCUGUUGCCACCAAGAAAACAAAGGACACUACUUUGAAGCCUGUCAAGUAUGGUCCUAAGAAAGGAUGGAGCAAGUCUAUACCUCCUCCUGAGAAGAAAAAGGGUGUGCUGAAAAGGAAGAGUGCACCAUCAAGUGACUCUGAUUUUGAAGCUGAAAAGGAUGACUCAAGCAUCAAGCCUCCUGCUAAGAAGGCUAUGUCUGCUAAGAAGGCCAUGCCUCAAGCUGUUGCUCCUGACACUGAAGAUUUCCCUUGUGACAAUGUUUCAUUUCAUCUUCCAUCUUAUGCUCAACGAUGGGGAAUAAUAUGCAGAAGAAGAUUGGCUUUGGAGAGGGAACUAGGCAAGGAUAUUCUAGAGUGUGAAGAGAUUGUGAACUUGAUCAAUGAUGCUGGACUGAUCAAAACCGUGUGGGGCUUAGGGUCUUGCUAUGAGAAGCUGGUAUAUGUUCGAGGAAAAUGUGUGACAUUCUCUCCAAGUGUGAUCAACAACGUGCUGGGUAAUGCUGAUGAUCCUCAUCCUGACAUAGAGGUAUCUGAUAAUGUGGUCUGCAAAACUAUCACAGCUGAAAAAGUGAAAACCUGGCCAAAGAAGGAGAAGGUACCUGCAGUCAAGCUGACUCAAAAGUAUGCCAUUUUGAAUCGUAUUGCAUCUGUCAACUGGGUUCCUACUACACAUGCAUCUGAUAUUGCCACAAAUCUGGGUAAGCUCAUUUAUAUGAUUGGUACUGGUACAAAAUUUAAUGCUGGUCAAUAUAUCUUCAAUCAAGUUGUGCAGCAUGCUAAGACUUCUAUCACCAAGCAACCCAUUGCAUUUCCAACUUUGAUCUGUGACAUCAUCUUAUCCCAACAUCCUAAUAUAAGGCAUGAGGGUGAGACUGCUAAGAAAAGGGCAACUCCUCUGGUCAUUCAUCAGAAGCUGUACAGUAAACAGCAUGCUCCAGAUAUUGUUGGACCAUCAAAUGCUGCUGCUGAUACUCCUAUGACAAAGAAGGAGAUGAUUGCCAUGCUGGAAGCAAACUGUAAGGAGCUAGAUGAAAAGAAGUUGCAAUUUGAAAGAAUGAUACAUGCUCUCAGGGUUGAAGAGGCUGCAGCUCAAGCAACUGAUGCAGGUGAUGAUGAUGCUAGUGGUGAAGAAGAAGCUGACUCGGAUGCUGAAGGAGAAGAAAGUGAUUCCUCUCCAAGUGCUUCUGUGUAG